AUUGACAUUCACAUGCGGAAGUAAGAGUGGGGAAAACAAUCGGGUGGAUCGACGAACAGUAACUUUUAAUAAGUUGAAGAAACAAACUGCGGCGUGGUAUCUGGCCUGAACAGCUGAGGAUAUCUCUGGUGGACGUUUUCCACAUAAAGAAAAGUCAAGAUGGAGUUCAUAUUUGGAAAAAGAAAGACUCCGGAGGAGAUGCUCAGACAAAAUCAGAGAGCACUGACUCGAGCCAUGAGAGAUCUAGACAGAGAACGCCAGAGAAUGGAGCAACAGGAAAAGAAAAUAAUUGCUGACAUUAAGAAAAUGGCCAAACAAGGACAGAUGGAUGCUGUUAAGAUCAUGGCUAAGGACUUGGUUCGUACAAGGCGGUACGUUAAGAAAUUCAUCAUGAUGAGAGCCAAUAUUCAAGCUGUCAGCCUUAAAAUCCAAACGCUGAAAUCAAACAACAGCAUGGCACAAGCUAUGAAAGGAGUCACCAAAGCUAUGGCCACCAUGAACAGACAGCUGAAGUUACCACAGAUUCAAAAGAUCAUGAUGGAGUUUGAGCGCCAAAGUGAAAUAAUGGACAUGAAGGAGGAGAUGAUGAAUGAUGCAAUCGAUGAUGCAAUGGGAGAUGAAGAUGAUGAAGAGGAGAGUGAUGCUGUUGUAUCUCAAGUUCUGGAUGAGCUGGGUCUGACACUUUCUGAUGAACUUUCAAACCUGCCUGCUACUGGAGGAAAUCUCUCAGUUGCAACUGGGAAGAAAGCUGAACCUCAGCCUACUCUGGCAGAUGCUGAUGCUGACCUGGAGGAGAGGCUGAAUAACCUCAGAAGAGACUGAGAAUAAAACGACUUUUAGUAAAGACUUUUUAUAUAUGCAGAAAUGUUUGUGCAAAAUUCGCUUUACUGAAAUUUAGACUGAUGCAAAGAAAAGAGGGAGGAAUGUGGAGUAUGUGGAUGCAGUCUGUUUUGUUUUGUUUGUUUUUCUGAUAUUAGAUGCCUAUCUGCAUCCCUGUCGUUUUCUGUCUCUUCUAAUGAUACUGGACAUGCUGCUGUAUAAAUGUUUCUCUGCCAAACAAGUAACCCAAAUGAAGAUGCAAUGCAUCAGACAAAAGUUCUAACCUAACUUUUAAGGAAUAUUAACACUAAAUAUUGAAUUAGUCUAAAAAUGGUUUAUGACAUCAUCUCUUAAAUAAAUAAUAAAUAUGGAUAGUGAUACUGAACUUUUAUAUAAAUGGUGUAAAAUGUAGCCACUGGAGUUUUUAAAUCUCUCUAUAUAAAGGGACCAAGGAGUACCCUCUUUGAAAUACCUGUGCCAUUGUAAUAUCGUGAUCUCUGCUAAUUAUAUUUUAAUCUUGAUCUUUCAGUGAAACGUGUAUAAUAAAAGUGGUGGUUUAUACUCUAACGGUCAAAAGUUUUGAAACUUACUCAUUCUUAAUUUUAUAUAUAUAUAUAUAUAUAUAAUUUUUUUUUUCAUAUUUUAGAAUAAUAGUGAAGUCAUCAAAACUAUGGAAUAACAUAAAUUGAACAAUGGGAAUUAUAUCGUGACUAAACAAAAUCCAAAAUAAAUCAUAACUGUGUUAUAUUUUAGCAUGUUCACCCUUCACAUUUUCUCAACAAACUUCUUGAGGCAUCACCCUGGGUUGCUUUUUAAACAGUAUUGAAGGAGUUCCCAUCUUUGUUGGGCACUUAUUGGCUCCUUUUCUUUAUUAUUUGGUCCAAGUCGUCAAUUUUAUUAUUUUUUUUUUAUAUAUAAAACAUUAGAUUUGUAAUGAAAUUAAUAUGGUGAUAAUUAUAUUUUUGUCUACAAAUCUAAUUUCAAACAUUUAAUCAUACACCUUCAGAUCAAAUUAUUUUGAAGAUCAUGAGAAAAUGUUUAGUCAAGUGUUUCAAAACUUUUGACCUGUAGUGUAUUUGAUUCUCAGAGUGAUUGAAUCUCUGAUCCCAACACCCUGGCCUGUUCUUCAUAAAAGCUUAAGUGGAUAGUUCACCCAUCAUUUAUUCGCCUCAUGCCAAAAUGUUGAAGUUCAAAAAGCACAUAAAGGCCAUAUAAAAGAAAUCCAAAUGACUCCAGUGAUUAUAUCCAUGUCUUCAGAAGCGAUAUGAUAGGUGUGGUUGAGAAACAGAUUGACAUAUGUUCUUUAUUAAGAUUGUUUAAUGUUCUUUUUUUUCACAUAAAGAGCUUCACAAUUUUGGUACCCAUGCACUUGCAUUGUGAGGACCUACAAAGCUGAGAUAUUCUUCUAAAAAUCUUUCUUUGUGUUCAGCAGAAGAAAGUUACACACAUCUGGGUUGGCAUAAGGAUGAGUAAAUGAGAGAAUUACAAUUUUUUUGGUGAACUAUCCCUUUAGUUUGCAAGAGACCACAUCUCAAAAUAAAUUGUCAUUUCAUAAAAAAAUCAUGGAGGCUGUCUCCCAAUGCUAGUUUUUAAGUCUUAAGACAUAUUAAAAGUAGAGAAUAAAUAUUAUCUGUAUUUAUCUCAUUGUGAAUCAUAAAGAGGUGGUAUAUUUUGAAAAAUGAUUUAUUUUGCUUUUUUGUUUUUUCAAUAAACAUUUUUUCAAAUUUA